AUGACCACUGCAAGGACCUGGAGACCCCUUGCGUGGACCUCUCGAUCUCUACCCGGCUGCCUCUGCCCAGGAGAGAGUGGGCCAAACGAGACUCCGGAUGCCCCCGUCCUGUUGGAGGUGACCAAGGAGGGCUCGCAGGUGGUGGUGCACUGGUGCUCACCCCCAUCUGCUGUCACCCACUAUCAGAUCCUGGAGGGUCAGCGUCACCUGCUGACAGCGUCCAUGCGAGCCAGGAAGGCGUUGCUGCCGAAGCUGGAUCCCGGAACCAUGGUGUGCGUGGAGGCUGUGAAUCGUGCAGGCUCCAGCAGUCCCACCAAGACUUCAUGCAAGCGGUACGAGCUGGCAAACAAUAGCCAGCAUGACCGCUGGGUCAUCGGGGGGGUGUUGGCCUUUGUGCUGCUUCUCCUGUUGGCGCUGGUGGUUUUCCUGCUCAGGAGAAACAAGGCUGGCAGCAGGUCUAGAGCCAGCAACCCAUCCUACAGAGGCGAGGUGGUGUUCUGAGAGGAAAGAGCGCUCCCUUCUGGGGAAUGAACCAAGCCGGCGGGUGAUACAACAGCCUUUUACUGAGAGGUGAAAAUAUCUAGCAAACUUACUGUCUGGAAAUGGCAGUUGAAACAGAAUGACUUGGUUGAGCAUCCCAGUCAGGAUACCACCCACACCCUGUCCUUCCUGGGAGGUGCUAAAGGAUCAAAACUGUCAGUUUUGGGAAAUGGAUGUCUGAUUUUGAUGGGGACACUAAUAUCUGGAUUUUUUGGGGGUGGGGGAUAUGAUUUACUGAAAAUGAAAUGAGAACAGAAGGACACACCACAAGCACAUGUAACAGCCAGUGUUACUGGAUGCAUAUGAUAUCAUAUGCAUAAUAUGUGCGACCGAACGAAACUGGACAAAGGACAGGGUACAACUUUUCAAAUCGGUUCAUUACGAUAUUGUAUUAUCGGUACGUUAAGUUGCCGUGAUUUUUGUAAACGUACACUUGAGAGCAAAAAUGACUCUCCGAAUGCAAAGUAAGCUUGCACAAUGGCUUAGCAUCUCAUAUACAGCAAUACUUAGUGAGAUCCAAGUGAAUCGCCUCUGCUGCUCCCAAGAAAAUAACCGAGAGAGAGAGAUUUGGAUGAAAUUAAAUAAGCAACAGCAAUUAGAUGAUUGUGAUUCAACAUACUGUAUUAUUUCUACAUAACCUGCCCUCAACGACGACUGGAACUGAAAACAAGAUUGUUUGUUAUUCCAUGUUUAUUUUCGUGCGGCUUCGGUUUUGAUCCAUUACGCAUUCUGCUGCUGUGAUUAGCCUGCCCUUCUGCUCUCUGAAGUUACAAUGGUCUGACUUUAUGGAUCUGGCACAGUGGUACAGGAGUGGCAGCAGAGUUUACGUGUUGAGGUUGGUCUUUCAGUGUGUUAGACAGACGGAUUGGGGCUGGUGCCAAUGCCUCAACACACGAUGACACAGACAAGGUCACCCUGUAGAUGAUAUGAACUCCUGUGAGUCAUUCUGGACCUCAAAAAAGAAAAGCUAUUCAAAAAUGGGUGUAAAAGGUAAAAAACUUGUCAUGAACUUGAGAGAGUUUAUCUGCGUGACAGUAUUGGCGUAACACUGUCAUUAAAUGGCACGUGGAAAACAUCGUAACUUGGUUAUAAACGGUAAUGGACCAAUGGAAUGGCGUGUUUAGGGUCACCUCGUGUGAACGACAAUACAGGCAAUGUCCAGAACCUGACUAGAAAAAUACAGACCGAUACUGCCA